AUGCCCGUCGCCGAAGGUUCACCGCAAACCCUCUACGACAAGGUCCUCCAGGCCCACGUUGUGGACGAGAAGCUGGACGGCACCCUCCUCCUCUACAUUGAUCGCCACCUCGUUCACGAAGUCACCUCACCCCAAGCCUUCGAGGGCCUGAAAAACGCUGGCCGCCAAGUCCGACGACCCGAUUGCACUCUUGCGACCACUGACCACAAUGUCCCCACGACGUCCCGCGCGUCCAUGAAGGAUAUCGGUUCCUUCAUCGACGAGGAUGACUCCAGACUCCAGUGCAUGACUCUCGAGGAGAAUGUCAAGGACUUCGGCCUCACCUAUUUUGGUCUCGGCGACAAGCGCCAGGGUAUCGUUCACGUCAUCGGCCCUGAGCAGGGCUUCACCCUUCCCGGUACCACCGUCGUCUGCGGCGACAGCCACACUUCCACCCAUGGCGCUUUCGGCGCUCUCGCCUUUGGCAUCGGCACCAGCGAGGUCGAGCACGUUCUGGCCACCCAGUGCCUCAUCACAAGGCGGAGUAAGAACAUGCGCAUUCAGGUUGAUGGCGAGCUGGCCCCUGGCGUCAGCUCAAAGGACGUCGUCCUGCACGCCAUCGGCAUGAUUGGAACUGCUGGCGGCAACGGUGCCGUCAUUGAGUUCUGCGGCUCCGUCAUCCGCAGCCUGAGCAUGGAGGCGAGGAUGUCCAUCUGCAACAUGUCCAUCGAGGGUGGUGCGCGAGCCGGCAUGGUCGCCCCCGACGAGAUCACGUUUGAGUACCUCAAGGGCCGCCCCCUGGCCCCCAAGGUUGGAUCGGAGGAAUGGGAACGCGCCACGACGUACUGGAAGUCGCUUCAGUCGGAUGCUGGCGCCGUUUACGACAUUGACGUAUUCAUUGACGCCAAGGACAUCAUUCCUACCGUCACCUGGGGCACCAGCCCUGAGGAUGUCAUUCCCAUCACUGGCACCGUCCCCGACCCCGAGACGUUUGCGACUGAGGCAAAGAAGGCUGGCGGCCGCAGAAAGCUCGCGUACAUGGGACUCGUCGCGGGUACGCCCAUGGAUCAGAUUGUUGUCGACAAGGUCUUCAUUGGCUCGUGCACAAACUCGCGCAUCGAGGAUCUGCGCGCCGCCGCACAUGUCGUCAAGGGCAAGAAGAUUGCGGCCAACAUUAAGCGCGCCAUGAUUGUUCCUGGCUCCGGUCUCGUCAAGGACCAAGCCGAGGCCGAGGGCCUGGACAAGAUUUUCACCGACGCUGGUUUCGAGUGGAGAGAGGCUGGUUGCUCCAUGUGCCUCGGCAUGAACCCCGAUAUUCUGUCGCCUCAGGAGCGCUGUGCCAGUACCUCGAACAGGAACUUUGAGGGUCGCCAGGGUGCCGGUGGCAGGACGCAUCUGAUGUCCCCCGUCAUGGCCGCUGCUGCCGCCAUUGUCGGCACCCUCACCGACGUGAGGAAACUGUCUGAAUACAAGACCAGCCCCCAUGUCCAGGCCGCCAUCGCGCCUGUUGCUAAGCCCCACGUCGACGAGCGCGUUGAGGAGAGUGCCGCAGAGAGGGACCUAAUCGGCGACCAGCCCGAAGACAGCCAACCUCACGUCAACUCGUCUGUGUCUUCCAGCUCCGCAGGUCUCCCCAAGUUCACCACCCUCAAGGGUAUCGCCGCGCCUCUGGAUAUGACCAACGUCGACACUGACGCCAUCAUCCCCAAGCAGUUCCUCAAGACAAUCAAGCGUACCGGUCUCGGAUCUGCUCUGUUUCACGAGCUGCGAUUCAACGGUGACGGUUCUGAGAACCCCGCCUUUGUUCUGAACCAGGACCCCUACCGCCAGGCCAAAAUCCUUGUUGUCACCGGUCCCAACUUUGGAUGCGGUAGCUCUCGUGAGCACGCCCCCUGGGCCCUGCUCGACUUUGGCAUCAAGACCAUCAUUGCGCCGUCGUACAGUGACAUCUUCUUCAACAACACGUUCAAGAACGGCAUGCUGCCCAUCAUCGUGUCCAACAAGGACGAUCUGGAAGCCAUUGCCGCCGAAGCCCGCGCCGGCCGGGACGUCGAGAUCGACCUCCCCAACCAGCUAAUCAAGAACGCGACUGGCUCUACGAUCUGCAGCUUCGAUGUCGAGGAGUUCAGGAAACACUGCCUCGUCAAUGGCCUUGAUGACAUUGGCUUGACGAUGCAGAUGGACGACAAGAUCAGCGAGUACGAGAGGAGAAUGUCCAAGCAGACUCCGUGGUUGGACGGCACUGCCUAUCUCAAGAGAAAGGGCAGGAGUAACCAGCUUGCGGCGAAGCCAGUCCCAGUUCCCAAGACCAACCGUGGCGAGACGAAGACGGAGCCCCUCGAGUGGUAG